AGUCCACCCCUGACGGUCACGAAUUGCAGUUCCACCUUAGAAAACAAUUUGAAAUAUAGCCUCAAUAUUGCUUUAUUUAUACUAUGUCGUUACUGAAAACGAAUUAAAAAUUGUAGUUUUAUAUUAAAAACUCUAAGGGGGUUUUGCCUUCGAAAUAGAUUCAUUAUUUUGUUGUUCGCGAGCGGCUGACUGAGGUUAUGUCGUGCGAGGAGAGCUACCUAGCUAUCAGACGGUAUCUGACUGAUGAGCGGGAGCCGUACGCUCCGGGGACGCAUGGCAACACCAAGAGAAAAAUACGGAAAGCUGCAGCAUGUUAUGUCAUGCGAAAUGGGACUCUAUACUACCAGAGACGACAGAAGGGCCUGGACGAGUUUACGGAGUUGGAAGUGGUUCUGCAGGACGGGCGAAGGAAGGAACUUAUUGAUCAGUGUCACAUUACUGCCGGAGGAGAACACAUAAAUCAGCAUUUAACCUGGGAAUCCAUCUCCCAAAAGUACUGGUGGCGAGGUAUUUUGAAGCAGGUGAAGGACUACAUCCGGGACUGUAGCCAAUGUCAGAGCCGCCUGGAUCGUCGCGGGCUGUCAGACGACGGUACCGGGCCCAGACCCGUGGGUCGACCGACCCGCCGGAAGACCGUGGUUCACCUCAGUGAUGAAGAUGAGGAAGAGGAGGAGGAAGGAGACGAGGAGACAGAUGUGUCUGGCUCCUUUCAGAAGAAGAUACGGACGUCCAAGACACUGGCCAAACACGAGCUUGUCUUUGUUGACAGCAAAGGGGUGGUGAAGCAGUUUCUC